AGUGAGGAUGAAGAUGAUGACCUUCAAUAUGCUGAUCAUGAUUAUGAAGUACCACAGCAAAAAGGAUUGAAGAAGCUCUGGAACAGAGUAAAAUGGACAAGGGAUGAGGAUGACAAGCUAAAGAAAUUAGUAGAACAACAUGGAACAGAUGAUUGGACUCUAAUUGCUAGUCACCUUCAGAACCGGUCUGAUUUUCAGUGUCAACAUCGAUGGCAGAAAGUUUUAAACCCAGAAUUAAUCAAAGGUCCCUGGACUAAAGAAGAAGAUCAGAGGGUUAUUGAAUUAGUUCAGAAAUAUGGCCCAAAGCGCUGGUCUUUAAUUGCAAAACAUUUAAAAGGAAGAAUAGGGAAGCAGUGCAGAGAGAGGUGGCAUAACCAUCUGAAUCCUGAAGUAAAGAAGUCAUCUUGGACAGAAGAAGAGGACAGAAUAAUCUAUGAAGCACAUAAACGGUUGGGAAAUCGUUGGGCUGAAAUUGCCAAACUACUUCCUGGAAGGACUGAUAAUUCUAUUAAAAAUCAUUGGAAUUCUACUAUGCGAAGAAAAGUGGAACAGGAAGGCUACUUACAAGAUGGAAUCAAAUCAGAGCGAUCUGCUUCAUCAAAACUUCAACACAAACCUUGUGCGACUAUGGACCAUUUGCAAACCCAGAAUCAGUUUUACAUACCUGUUCAGAUCCCAGGCUAUCAGUAUGUGUCACCAGAAGGCAACUGUGUAGAACAUGUUCAGACUUCUUCUGCCUUUAUUCAGCAGCCAUUUGUUGAUGAUGAUCCUGAUAAGGAAAAGAAAAUAAAAGAACUUGAGUUGCUGCUUAUGUCAGCUGAGAAUGAAGUCCGAAGAAAGCGAGUUUCAUCGCAGACGGGAAGUUUUUCUAGCUGGUCCGGUAGUUUCCUCAUGGAUGAUAGCAUGUCUAAUACUCUAAAUAGCCUUGAGGAGCAAACUAGUGAGUUUUACAGUAUGGAUGAAAACCAGAACACAUCUGCCCAGCAGAGUUCACCUACCAAAUUCUUGGCUGUGGAAGCAAAUGCGGUGUUGUCAUCUCUACAGACAAUUCCAGAAUUUGCAGAGACUUUAGAACUGAUUGAAUCUGAUCCUGUAGCUUGGAGUGAUGUUACCAGUUUUGACCUUUCUGAUGCUGCUGCUUCUCCUGUUAAACCCACCCCAGUUAAAUUGAUGCGAAUUCAACACAGUGAAGGAGCCAUGGAAUGUCAGUUUAAUGUCAGUCUUGUACUAGAAGGGAAAAAAAACAAUUUCAACAGUGGAGAGAGUGAUACUAUUCCUUCAGUAUCCCCAAAUGUGGCCAAGUUUAGCACUCCACCUACUAUCUUAAGAAAGAAGAGAAGAAUGCGAGUUGGCCAGUCACCAAUUAGUGAACUCAAUGAUGGAUCAUUUAAUGACACUGUCAACAUUGCACUAAAACAUACACCAGUGAAAACACUACCAUUUUCUCCUUCACAGUUUUUCAAUACAUGCCCUGGAAAUGAACAACUUAGUAUUGAAAAUCCUGCAUUUACAUCAACCCCAAUCUGUGGCCAGAAAGUCCUUAUCACAACUCCUCUCCACAAGGAAACUACACCCAAAGAUCAAAAAGAGAAUGCAGGGUUCAGAACCCCUACAAUUAGAAGAUCUAUACUGGGCACCACACCAAGAACUCCAACUCCUUUUAAGAAUGCUCUUGCUGCUCAAGAGAAGAAAUAUGGACCUCUAAAAAUUGUGUCACAGCCACUUGCCUUCUUGGAGGAGGAUAUUCGUGAGGUUUUGAAAGAAGAAACUGGAACAGACAUAUUCCUCAAAGAGGAAGAUGACUCUACCUAUAAGAGCUGCAAACAAGAGCAUGUUUCUUCUGUGAAGAAAGUCAGAAAGUCAUUAGUUUUAGAUAAUUGGGAAAAAGAAGAACCAGGUACUCAGCUGUUGACAGAAGACAACAUUUCAGAUAUGCAGUCAGAAAAUAUCUUUACAACAUCUUUAUUAAUGAUACCAUUAUUGGAAAUACAUGACAACAGGUGCAACCUGACACCAGAAAAACAAGAUAUAAAUUCAGCCAACAAAACAUACACACUUACUAAAAAGAAACCAAAUCCUAGCACUUCCAAAGGUGUCAAAUUGGAAAAGUCUCUUCAGUCCAAUUGUGAGUGGGAAGCAGUGGUUUAUGGAAAGACUGAAGAUCAACUCAUAAUGACUGAACAAGCAAGAAGAUACCUGAGCACGUACACAGCAGCAAGCAGCACUUCCAGGGCUCUAAUUCUAUAA